AUGUUGCAGCAGCCUGAGGCGCGUCGUGUGUUCUCCCGGGUGCCCGAGAGCUGGACCAUGAGGCUGGCCGUGGCAGCCCUGCUCCUGGGCCUCACGAUGGUGGUCACCGGAGACAAGGGGGACAAUGACCCGUGCGUGUACGAGGCCCUGCCUGACAACGACGCUGUCCUCUGCACGGGCCUUAAGGUUUCCUACCCAGAGUUGGGGAACCUCGGCUGCAUGGUUGUCCCGGAAUGCAACAACUACAGACAGAAGAUCACCUACUGGACCGAGCCGAUCGUCAAGUUCCCUGGGGCCUUGGACGGUGCAACCUAUAUCCUGGUGAUGGUGGAUCCAGAUGCCCCCAGCAGGUCUUCUCCCAAAGCUCGAUUCUGGAGACAUUGGCUGGUGACAGAUAUCAAGGGCGCUGACAUGAAGAAAGGGAAGAUUCAGGGCCAGGAGUUAUCACCCUACCAGCCUCCUUCCCCACCAGCACAAAGUGGCUUCCAUCGCUACCAGUUCUUCGUCUAUCUUCAGGAAGGAAAGACCAUCUCUCUCCUUCCUAAAGAAAACAAAACUCGAGGCUCUUGGAAAAUGGACAGAUUUCUGAGCCGCUUCCACCUGGGCGAACCUGAAGCCAGCACCCAGUUCAUGACCCAAAAUUACCAGGACACGCUAAAUCACCAGGCUCCGGGAGGAAGCAGUGAGCCCGAGGACAAACCUGAACCGAGAUAACUGCCCGCCAGACCUCAGGCUUCACGUUGCAGGUGUGUGCAUAGCGCUCACCACCCAUGGUCUGUGUAUGGAACCCACUCCGGGUAUGGAACCCUUUUUCUUCCGAAUAAAAAAAAAAAAAUCAUCCAGGGCUUAA